AUGCAUUUCUUUCCUGACAAAGACCUGCUGGAUGACUUUCUGACGAGGGCUUUCAAAGACAAUGCCGUCUCAUCUCAGGCUCUAUCAUUGAACGGAAUGGUCCUCAAGGGAGGCAAACUCUCUCAACGACCAGAUACUCCAAUCCCAGUUACACGAAAUCCAGGGACUCGAGCGGGACCAUCAUUGAAUGCUCUCCGACUUCCCUCGAACAUAUCUAGCAAUCAGUUCCCAAAAGAAGAAGAGAAGCAAAGCCCGCAGUUUCCAUCCCGCAGUACAACCCCCAGCAAAAGGAGACGUACAGCGGGAUUCGGCGAUGAUCUUUACGACCUGGAUGAAGAUGGUGAUCAAAGCCCCAACGACAGCAUCAAGAGAUUCGCUUGCCCUUACUUCCGAAAGAAUCCUGAGCGCCAUCUGGAAUGUAUCAACCUCAAGAUGGUCCGUAUCUCCGACGUGAAGCAGCAUUUGAAGAGAAGGCAUACAGCGCCUUACCCCUGUCCAAUAUGCUCUGAGGGGUUCUUAUCGCUCAACUUGCAAGGAAACCAUAUCUUGCAACAGACCUGCUCCCCAGGAUCUGGAGCGAACUGGGAUAGUGUUUCAUUGGCUUCUCAGAAGGCCCUCCAGGCUCGCUUCGGGAAAAACCUUUCGCCAGAGGCACAGUGGUACGGGAUUUGGAAGAUUCUGUUUGGAACACCCCGUAAUAUGCCGAAGCCACAUCUGGAUGGCGUCGUUAAAGAGGUCAUAGGGAUUCUACGCGGAAUUUGGCUGGAUGAGGGCCGACGACUGAUUUCUGAGUUCGUAGAGGCAAAAGACCAGCCGCCCAGCUAUAAUGAUCAACUGUACCAAUUACUUGCGGGGAUUCUGGAUGAGGUGGAGGCUCGCUUCGAACAAAAGCCUUCAGAAAGAAUUUCCAGAAAAACAUCUGUUGGUUCGGAACGAGGCCCCGAGUCGACAGGAGUGCAGUUGGACACCAUCUUUGAUCCCACUACGACAGAUGACCCAUUUCCAACCGAUGACAGAGGAGGGUGCGUUUCAUCUUACAAUACUGCGAUCUUGCCUGUCGACUUCUCAGCUACGCCAUCAGAGGUCUCUGAAGUUUCCUAUCAAGCAUCAGAGUUCAGCUUCCCUGGAACGCAGCUGCUCCAGACUCAAUAUUCUUAUCCUGAUAAUCCUAUACCGGACUUCGACUUUGGGGAUUGCAAUCAGCAGCAACCUAUUCCUAUGGACGGAGCUAUGUUGUGA